AUGGAAAGAAAGUAUGAUCAAUCACAAAGGGUUGUAGAAAAACAAGAAGGCUGGCUGUCUGAUGAUUAUGGUAUUGGGGAAACCAAAGGAUUUGGUCAAAUCGAUUUUAGGAUGGAUCAAUUGAAACAACUUUUGUUGUUUUUAUUCAUUUUAAUUUUAGUUAAUAUUAAAUGUACAAUUAGUAUUAGUCAGAAAGUAGUAGACGAUAAUCAACUACGAUUAUGUAAUAAUGGUGGAGUGUACUUUGACAGAGAGUGUAUAUGUGCAGCUGGUUAUAAAGGAUCGGAAUGUGAGUUGUUUGAUGCCACAUCAUCACCAAUCACAAGUAAUACAACAACCAAUACAAAGUUACCAUGUGGUGAAGCAAGAGAUGGAGAUAUCAAUAUAGGACCACUAUGUUGUUGGUCAAAAUCUAGAACUUCAAAGAAUACAACUAACCUUGGACAAACUGCUUGGUUCUUGGAUGACAACUCUGAAAUUGUUCAACACGCCAAGAUUCGUCGACUAUUAAAGACUUAUGGUCCAUGGGAUGAAAACGAUAUCAACUAUCUUAAACAUCAUGUCUCUGUACAAGGAGAAUUGCCCUUUGGACGUGACCGUACCAAACUAGUCUAUGCUCUUCGAUACCACAACAACACCGACAAGCUCCAAUACCUACCAAGAGAAUGCAAUCAAGAAAACAAACCACCAUUGGCAUUUGUCAUGUUGAUCACCAGUUAUGACUCUCAAACAUUUAAAACAUUAAUGAAAUUAUUAUAUUCAACUAAACAUUAUUAUGUUAUUAAUAUUGAUAAAAGACAUGAAAAUGAUAUAAAAGAAAUUGAAAAGGAUGCACUUGAAAUAUUCCAAUCUAAAUUGACAGUAGAACAAAAAGAAAAGAAUUACCCUAUGAAUAUUAGAGUGAUGGAUUCUCCAUUUAUGGGGUAUUGGGGUGCUCCAUCAUUGGUGUAUAUGGAGUUAACAUCAUACACCUUUUUGUUUGAUAUGGUUAAACAAAGAAGAAGUAUUGGUAUUGCAUCUGGUUUGUCGAAUCAAGAUAGUUUUACUCAAUUCUCUCAUGUCAUCAACUUUAGUGGUAAUGACAUGCCACUCAAAUCACUUGCCAAUUUUGAAUCUUUACUUUGUUCCAAUUUCCAAACAAACUAUUUACAACAUUAUGAUCUUGAAAAUUAUAAACCUAGAUAUAAUACGACAUGGUAUUUAAAAGAAAAUAAUUUCCAAAAAGUAGAUGAAAUGGUAUUUGAUAAAUAUGAUUGUGGAGAGAUGGGAUCAUUAAAACAAUUUGAAUUGGCAACUGGUGGUUAUGGCAGUCAAUGGCAUUUGGUUCGUUAUGAAUUUGCCUAUCAUGCCAUAAGCGAUCUACGUUCUAUUGAAAGAAUGUUGUCACUUAAAUUCACAUCGAUUCCAGAUGAAGCAUUCUUCCAAGCCAUUAAAUACUUUUAUCCUCUCUAUCCCAACCAACAAUGGUUGGAUUCUAGAAGAAUGACUCUAUGGUCCAAGAAUGCACAUAUCCCAAGCAGACGUUAUGCAGUCGAGAAACAAGAUAUAGACAACUUGGAUACCAAUCUAUUAUUUGUUAGAAAGGUCUAUGAUCAAGAUGGUGCACCCGAUACUAUAGAAACAUUGGGAAAAGAAGAGGUUGGUCAGUUGAAUAGUCUGAUUAAUUGGUUUCUUUACUCUCCAGCAUCGUCAACAUACAUCAAAGAUUACAGAUACCGGAACAACAUCGCCAGACCCAGAGCAGCUCCCCACUGGUCUAAAGGUGGCAUCGGUCUCUGGGACAUGGACGUCCGUCAAGUCGCCCAAAAAGCUUGGACGAUGAACAGGUUCCUCGCCAACCCUUCAGCCAACCCACUGUCAUACCGCAAGGUUUGUUUGGCACCAGCCUCGACCCAAUCUUUGUUGCCAUCACAUCCAUCAAGUGUCCAACCGCUAGAGAUACUCUUCCGAUUCUUUGCUAGGAUCAUGAAGCGCACUCCAGCAGACACCCGAGACAUGUGUGCUGCAUGCCACACCGUGUUUGACGAUUCGAUUCACUCCUCUAUAGCCAUACAUUAUUUGUUUGAUUGUAUCCACAUCCAAUCUCGUGCUCCUCUGUUUAGCAAACUGCUGCUCGAUUGGACCGAUAACCGAGUACAGUGGAAUGUACAUGUCCCUGGACUUUACCAAACAGAGGGCACAUCCACACCGCUACUCAUUAAUGCUGUCGCUAUUCUCUUCCAUCGCGCAUGGUGCCACCAUGCGCAUGUUUCUUUCUACACCAACAAUGCCAACAACCAAUAUGCGAUCGAUACAAAUGAAGUCGCAAUCGUCACCAGUCGUCUCAAAUCUCAGGGACCUGAAGAACCAGAGGAACCAAUCGACCUCAAACAGAUCUAUGCUGCUCUCCAAGCAUCCAUCCAACCAACCAAGGUAAUAACAAAGACGGUCGACCAAAAGGAAAUCGAACGACUCUUUGCCACCAGCAUUGAACGCGAUCUUCGAAGCUGUGGCGAUGGUCAAGUGUCCUACAGUAAGAGACACCCUCUUCCGAUUCCUUGCAAGAGCCAUGAAAAGGUCCCUGACGACGCAACCAAUACGCAGCGUGCCUAA